AUGACUUCUUACUAUCCAUACGGCGCCAUUCCGGCCCAGCCCGGCCCCGUCUCCCACAGCCACCACGGCGGUCGCAAUCGCAGAAACGCUCGCCUCUCCGUCUCCCAAAACUCGCAUCGUCAGUUCCGUGGUGUCCGCGGCAUCAAGGAGAUCAAUGAAUCGGCCUCCCUCUCCCUCUUCCGCACCAAGUUUGAAGCCAUACGUUCUUUUGAUCUCGAGGAUGACAUGGAGUUUUGCCCGGGUCUCCUCACCGAGACAGACGUGAGUAGCGACAGCUCUUCUGGCGCAUCGUCCCCGGCCUUCUCUGACAAGUCCCUCCAGCUCGUCUCCAUUUCCUCGUCGGAGCGCUCUUCGCUUGCCAGCAAUUCUCCUGAGUCGUCGCCCACCCAGCAGCCGCAGUCCAUCACCCCCGGCUUCUCUCUCAACUCUGCCUCGCCCUCCUUCGUUCCUCCUCCGGUUGUCCAGAACCAGCCAGCCUUCAAGCUUCAUCAGCCCUCGGCCAGGGGUCGCAAUGCCAUUCCCAUCAUCAACCCCCUCACUGGCAUCACCAUGACUAGCCCUGCUCCUUCUAUCUCGCCCGCCAGGCUGCAGGGGCAUCCCAUUCGUCGCUGGUAG